AACCACUGAACAACCAUCAACAACCACUGAACAACAAUCAACAAACACUGAACAACAAUCAACAACCACUGAAAAGCCAUCAACAACCACUGAACAAAUAUCAACAACCAGUGAACAGACAUCGACAACCACUGAACAGACAUCAACAACCACUGAAGAUACAUCAACAACCACUGAACAACAACCAACAACCACUGAACAGACAUCAACAACCACAAUUGAAGUGCCAUACACUUCCACGGUGUCUUUGCCUACAUCAAGUGAUAUUCCAUCCACCACAGAUGACUUUACGACAACAACAGGCACUUUUACUAACGUAGUUAUGAACUUAGAAAUGUCCCUGGAUGAAAAAUACAAACGAAUAUAUUCCAACCUUGACGCAAAUGAGACCCAGCAGAAAAUUGAGGAAAUCACCACAAAGGUUGAUGAAUCAAUGAGAAACGACAGUAAGCUUGAAGACAAUUAUGUUGGCAGUAAUGUUACCGAAUUAAGAAAUGGUAGUUUGCUUGUCUUUAUGUUUCUAAAUUUCCAAAGACGAAUUGAUCAGAGUGAGGAGGAAUUUAAAGGCUUGAUCCAAAUCAACAUUACACUCAAAAUUAUUCUGCGAAUACCAGGUGUUAUCAAAGACAAAACAAAAGUUUAUUGGCAAGAACAACCAACAACAACCACUGAACAACCAACAACAACCACUGAACAACCAACAACAACCACUGAACAACCAACAACAACGACUGAACAACAAUCAACAACCACUGAACUGACAUCAACAACCACUGAACAACCAACAACAACCACUGAACAACCAACAACAACCACUGAACAACAACCAACAAUCACUGAACAGACAUCACCAAACACUGAACAGCCAUCAACAACCACUGAACAGACAUCAACAACCAAUGAACAACCAUCAACAACCACUGAACAGCCAUCAACAACCACUGAACCACCAUCAACAACCACUGCACAGACAUCAACAACCAGUGAACAGACAUCAACAACCACUGAACAGACAUCAACAACAACUGAACAGACAUCAACAACCACUGAACAACCAUCAACAACAACUGAACAGACAUCAACAACCACUGAACAACCAUCAACAAGCACUGAACAGACAUCAACAACCACUGAACAGCCAUCAACAACCACUGAACAACAAUCAACAACCACUGAACAAACAUCAACAACCAGUGAACAGACAUCAACAACCACUGAACAACCAUCAACAACCAGUGACCAGACAUCAACAACCACUGAACAGACAUCAACAACCACUGAACAACCAUCAAAAACCAGUGAACAGACAUCAACAACCACUGAACAGACAUCAACAACCACUGAACAACCAUCAACAACCAGUGAACAUACAUCAACAACAACUGAACAGACAUCAACAACCACUGAACAACCAUCAACA